CGUCGGUCAGCAGCAGGCUACUUGGAAUGGCAGCUCUGCCUUUUGGAAAGAGGUCUCUCACAGUAAGACGAGGUGGUGAGGUAGUACAGAGAGAAACAACGGCGGCAACAGAACCUAGUGGUCUGCAGUCGGGACCACCAGAGACCAGUGGGGAGAGGAAGGGACCCAGAGAAGAGUUCCUUGAGGGUCGCAGGCACGAACAGCCGUACAGGGUGCGCCGUAUGCCGGAGAUGGUUGUGGGAGACGGGGGGAAGAGGGCCCAGCUGGACUACAUGGAGAGACUGCUGGUCUCUACUCCACCUCCGUCUCUCUCCUCCCUCCCCACACCUGCCCAGCUCUGCCGCAAACGCAAGAGCAUCCAAAGCAUUGUGUCUACACACACUUCAUUCUUCAGUGAGUGGGAUUGUAUGUCGUAUUUUUACAGUGAGGGUGUGAGAAUGGAGAGUAAGAGGAGGGUUUCAGUGAGGGACGACUACAGGAGUAAUGUUCACGAACAUCUGGCACACCUGCACCACAAACAGAGACUCUGUGACCUGGACGGUAGUGGAUUACUGGGUGUCUCAGCUCAAGAGGUGCCGUCCUCUCCCCAUCGUCCUGAGCUACCAGUCGAGGAGACCUCUCUAACUCUUCACGGUAGAACACCUCUCAAAGACCACCCGUACACUGUGGAGGGAGGGGGACAGUGGGCGACUGGCAGAGACCAACACUCACUCUUCUCACUGUACGAGGAGGGAGAGCAGGAACAAGAGGAUUCGAGACAGUUUGGAAUGAGUCACAAUAUGCAGCUACACAGUGAGCCAGGGAUUGAGCAAGACCUGAACAGCUGCGCUACCACCGAGCGAGGAGUGAGAGGUAUUGCACUGAGCCGUGAAGGAGGAGAGGAGGAAGAUGGGGAGAAUGCCGGAGGGCGUCGGCCAGGGUUUAGACCGGCUGGUGGAGCUCUGGAGAGAAUGUGGCUGGCCCACUCUCUCUCGUCCUCCCGCUAUAGAGUGGAGGGCAGGAGGGUGAGGAGAGAGGGAGGAAGAGCGUCAGGAUGUGGAGGACUCAAGAUCAACCCAGUUGAGGGGUAUCUUGAAGGUGUUCCGUUCAACAGAGCUGCAGCAGUUGAGUCUCAGUGUGUCCCUUGGGGGGCGUGGCUCGUUGCACGAGUCUCUGUUUGGACAGUGCCUAUAAAAUCACGGUUUUUCUGCGACAGAGCAGACUUUACAGUCGCAGAAAAGCAAGCAAGAAAAGUUAUGAAGUCUCGUUGGAGAUUUUCCUGGAUUCUCGCCACCCUGGCUGCAGCCACUUUCAAUGCAUCAGCCGAAACAGACGGGGCGGACCUAGAAAGCAGAGACAUCAAUCAUGCCAGAGAUAGAAGGGCAGUGUGCAACGACUUUUCUCCUGCCAUAUAUUUCAUGCGCCAAGGAACCUCGUCAGGCUGGGUCAUAUACUUUGAAGGUGGUGGAGGUUGCUCAAACUUUUCAGAUUGCAACCAGCGCUACCUGAACUACCCCGAGCAGAUGAAGGCUCCAGUUUCAACAUCGAGUGUUGUUGGAGAAGACAUCUUAUCAAGCGACCCCACAAAAAAUCCCGUUUUUCACAGCUACACGCAUGUCCUGGUGCCUUACUGCAGUAGUGAUGCAUGGCUCGGCAAUAAAACAACCCAACGAUUUGACGAUGACUUGGGUUUUUCUUUCGACAGCUCAGACCUGGAAAACUCUGACAAUUUCGUGUAUGCAGGCCAGGACAUACUGCGUGCAGUGAUAGAAGACCUCUGUGAGCUGGGGCUGGGAAAUGCCACCGACAUAAUGCUGGUUGGAAGUAGUGCAGGUGGAAUAGGCUUGCUCAGCAGUCUUGACUGGAUCAAUGCUAUGGUGCCAGCCAACACUACUCGAUUGGUCCUAGACUCUAGCUGGUUUGUGAGCUAUGCCGGUCAUCACGUGCUCCAGUUCAACGAGGAAGUUGCAAAGAUUCUCAAUUUCGCACCGCCAGCGUGUCACGAUCUCUCGUUGGGCUAUCCAUGUUGUGUGUCACCUGCCUGCCUAUUUACAAAGGGAUACCUCAAUUCAGUCAACACUCCCAUCCUGGCCAUAUCAAGUGUGUAUGACAUCUACACCCUACAACAGCCACUGAGGGAGUUAGGGCAGAAGGAAGGACAAGAUGACCUGGCUCUUCUCGCACUUUUUAACAGUUACGGAUCGAUAGUUUCUGAAUCCCUGUUGCAGAGCUACCAAACACACCCAUUACUCUCCGUGUAUGCUCCAUCCUGCAGCCAACAUGUCUAUCUGGCUCCUUCCGGUACACUCAGGGGGACGACACAAAACAUUUACCAGGAGUCGCUUUUCAGGCUGACCAACCCUGUGGAGGCUGGAAACUGGGAGAGGGUAGCGGUCAGGACAGACUCUGGGACGUCUCUCACACUCCUGAGGGCCGUGGAACAGUGGGCAAACAACUCGGGCGAGCAAUUCUUUGUCACCGAUGCCUGCAGUGGCCCGGCUUGCGGGACUUGCCCCAGUGACAUCUCAUUCAGUCCAGAAGUACAGCUGUGGAGCACAACGUGGAACUAUCUCGUGUUGGCUCUAGCUGGGCUCAUGACUCUUGUAGCAGUGUUCAUCAAAACCAGCGCCUACCUCUACAUGAAGUACCUCCUCCUCCAACAGAGGCUGUAUUCGAUCGAGGCAAACCGCAACCCGAGGAAUCGGAGCUUUCCCAAGCCGACACACCCGGUCAACAUUUCCUGCACUGAGCUCUCCCACCACAUAGAGUCGGUGAGAGGAUCCGCUGCAAAGACUCCAGAGAGUCACGAGGCAACAGAUGGUCUAGAAGUCUCUUCGCCGGAGCACCACUACACGAACGCCAAGCUUGAGCUACUCGUGCCGUGCUACAGACUACUCUGCUCGCGGUGGUACCAGAAGUGGGCACUGUGGCAGCAGAACCGGACGAAACCGGACGCGACCGUCUGCAGCCAGAGCCAACUCAUUCACUCCACCAUGAUCAGGCCCGACUCUGGCAUCUCAUCCACUGAAGACUCUGUCAUCAAAACAGGGAAGACUCAAACUGAAGAAGUGCCCACGGACGGCAGUGCCACCAAUAGUUCUGACGAGUUUGACACUCGGAGCUUUGGCGCGGAGUCCAGUGACGGGGUGGAGAUCCCCGCGAGAAGACAUAGGAAGACGAUUCUCAACCAGGUGAACCUGUACAUCAACCCCGGGGAGCUGGUGGCCAUCAUGGGCCCCUCGGGCUCGGGGAAGACCACUCUUCUCGACGUCCUCCUCAACAAACGGACAACUGGAGUCACAGACGGGGAGAUCCUGAUCAACGGAGUCCCGAUGUCAAAGAUGAGGCGGUGGUUUGUGGGUAACACUGGCUACGUGCGGCAACUGGCCACCUACUACUACAACGAACUGACUGUGAGAGAAAACCUCCUGUUCUCAAUGAACAUGCAGGCCAUGAGGGGAAUGACUCUGCGCCAGAAACUGGAAAGAGUCGAACAAGUCAUCAGAGAAAUGGGGCUGCAGGAGCAAGCCGACGUGACGGUUGGAGACAGUCUCAAUGGCGGUCUCAGUGGUGGUCAGGUUAGUCACGCUGCUUGAUCUAGAAAAUGAAAUACCCCUCCAUACAAUUUGCCCCCACACAUCCACAUACUACACUCUAAGAAAUAAUAUGGUACUUGCAUAUCAUUUGGGCAUCAGGAACUAAGGCAUUUUGCCUGUCUGUAAUCCGUGACCCCCCUACACUUUUAGCUGGAAGAUGAGCCGCUCCCUGUCGUUAUGAGCUUUAAUGUCGCUCGAAGGAGCGUGACAGAGAGAGGUAGGCAGCUUUUAGCAGGUCAAGGG